AGUAUCCUGAUCCAGAGCUACCUGAGGAAAGUACAGUUAGGAAAACCGCCAACAAGCAGCCAGCUGGACUUCAACAAAUACAACCUUUCAGAGAAGAUGGAGCAGGCUAGCUUCCUUCAAGUUGUGGACAGGCAGGUGAAGACUUUGGCAGAGUCCCCUGAAGGGCAGGCUAAAAAGACAGAAGUUUCUCCUGUUGCACUGGACUUACAGAACUCAUACCAUGCUUUAAAUGAGCCAGACCAUGACCCAGUUGCCUGCUCAAGUCAGAUUGCUGGUCAUUCCUUUCCUGUUUCAAGGAGAAACAGUGUUGAUGCAAGUAUUGCUUCCCAGACAGCAAUCCCUUGCUUUGCAUUCAAUGGUCCAUACUUGUACAGCCCAGUGAUGUCUUCCCAGCCUGAUAUGCAUCGGACCCUGGCAGUGGACCCAGUGGGAGUCCAUCAGAAAUCAGCUUCCCUUCAGUAUGUGACCCUCCCAAAGGAAGACUGUCCCCAAGCUCCACAGCAGCAAGAACAGCCAGGAGGAGGUCCUCCACAGCCCUUCCUGCUCCCAGAGCAGAAGCAAAAGAUGCAGCACUUUGACAGCGAGAAAGAAGUCUCACCAGCCCCACCAGCCUGGGGGAAAGGCACGAACGGGAGAACAGAAGAGCAGAAAUCUCCAAGGGCUCUUGGCUGUGUCACAUCUCCUCAGCAGUGCCCCUUGGAGUACGUCACCACAGACAGCCUGUUACUGCCAUCAGCCAGCGGCUGCACCCAUCCACCACUUGUCACUGCGGGGGACUUGCCUUGUGACUCACAGGAGCCUCAGCCCCGCGGUGGCCACUCUUGCCAUGAGUUUUCUCCUGGGAAAACUGGUGUCAUGGUCCCAGUUUCAGGUCAAGCACCAACCUCUUCUCCUGAAUUGCUCCUGGAUACAUUUGGAGACUACCUUACUGUCCCUUUAGGUCUCCAUGGGCAUUCAGAACCAACAAAGAUUUCUUUGCCUGUCUUACAGAAAGGAAACGAUCUUCCUAGAAAGCAGCCUUUGUCAGAGGGUGACUUGGUGGUGUUAAACCCUGACAGCACUGAGCCAGUCUUCCUUUGCCAGGUUGGUGACUAUUGCUUCCACAGCCUAAAAUCCAGUGUGAAGAUGGAUAUUGGUCAGGAAGACCACCAAGUCAAGAAACCUUCUGAAGGCAAGACAACACCUGGGAAGCCUGUAUCUGAUGAUGAAUCCAUCACCGGCAAGGAAAAGGAUGUAUCAAAAAUGCAGGCUAUUCAGCUUUUCAAAAACCUGAAAUCAGAUGAUUACUUUUCCUGGCAGCAAUCUUUAAGGAUCACAGAAAUCUGUUAA